AGCCCACCGGUGCAGAUGAGCUCUUGGCAGGAAAACAACACCCCCUGCAACUGGACGGGCAUCGUGUGCACAGCUGUUCGCCAUGGCCGCCGCAUGCCCAGGGUAGUUACCGACAUCUCCCUGCCGGAUGCUGGCAUCAGGGGCCAGCUUGGUGAGCUCAACUUCUCAGCUCUUCCAUUCCUCACAUAUAUUGACCUCACCAACAACAGUCUCCAUGGUGCACUACCAGCUAGUAUCAGCUGCCUGUCAUCACUUUUGGAACUCUACCUUCCCUACAACCAGCUCACAUGGAAAAUUCCCGAUGAGAUUGGUGGCCUGCAAAGUCUGAGGGUGCUUGAGCUCUCAUUUAACAGACUCACAGGACAUAUUCCUGCGUCUCUGGGCAACCUAACAAUGUUAACUGAUCUCGCCAUUCACCAAACCAUGGUAUCAGGUCCCAUUCCUGAGGAGAUUGGAAGGCUUGUCAACCUGCAAAUUCUACAGCUAAGCAAUAGCAUCUUAAGCGGCAUAAUACCAAAAACCCUUGGAAAUCUGAGCCGGCUAAAUACUUUGUACCUAUAUGGUAAUCAACUUUCAGGUCCUAUACCACAAGAACUAGGCACGCUAGUACGUUUGCAAAUUCUUGAGCUUAGUUCAAAUAAUUUUUCAGGUCCAAUUCCAAUAUCCAUAACCAAUCUCACUAAGAUGAACCAACUUUUUCUCUUUGAAAAUCAAAUCACAGGUUCAAUACCCCCAGAACUAGGCAAACUCGCUAAGCUAAACCAACUUGUUCUCUACAAAAAUCAAAUAACAGGUUCAAUACCCCCAGAACUAGGGAACCUCGCUAUUCUAGACCAACUUGAACUCUAUAGUAAUCAAAUAACUGGUUCAAUACUCCCAGAACUAGGGAAUCUCACUGUGCUUAAUGAACUUUCUCUCUAUGCAAAUCAAAUCACAGGUCCAAUACCUCCAGAACUAGGAAACCUCACUAUGCUCAAUGUACUUUAUCUCUAUACAAACGAAAUCACAGGCGCGAUACCUUUAGAAUUGGGCAUGUUAUUGAAUCUCAGAGAAUUAGACUUGUCCGAUAACCAAAUAUCUGGCUCUAUUCCCCAAGAGAUUGGCAAUCUGAUGAACCUCAAAUAUUUAUACUUGUUUCAGAAUCAAAUUUCGGGCUCAAUACCUAGAACUUUUGGGAAGUUGCAAAGCAUGCAAGAACUGCUAGUCUUUGAUAACAACUUAUCAGGUUCUCUUCCUCAAGAAUUUGAAGAUCUCAUCAGCCUUGUUACACUUGAGUUGUCUAACAACUCAUUUUCAGGACCUUUACCCGCAAAUAUUUGUUCAGGUGGGAAACUUCAAUAUCUCAUUGCCUUCUCUAAUAUGUUCAAUGGCCCCAUUCCAAGGAGUUUAAAGACAUGUACGAGUUUGGUUGAAAUUGACCUUCAAUCGAACCGUCUAACAGGGGAUAUAUCUCAACACUUUGGUGUGUAUCCACAACUCAUAAAGAUGAUCUUGAAAUCGAAUAGACUCUCUGGGCACAUCUCACCAAAUAUAGGUGCAUGUACCCAACUAACGGUGCUACGUCUAGCACAAAAUAUGAUCACGGGUUCCAUACCUCCAGUCAUUUCGAAAUUGUCCAACCUAGAACAACUAAGACUCGAUUCUAAUCAUCUCAGCGGUGAGAUUCCACCAGAAAUCUGCACUUUAGCAAAUCUAUAUAGCCUUAACUUAUCAUCAAACCAAUUAUCUGGAUCCAUACCUACACAGGUAGAAAAGCUAAGCAAUCUAGGAUACCUUGAUAUAUCUGGGAACAUACUGAGUGGAUUAAUACCCGAGGAACUAGGAGCAUGCAUGAAACUACAGUCCCUGAAGAUCAACAACAACAACUUCGGUGGGAGCUUGCCUGGUGCGAUUGGAAAUUUAGCAGGCUUGCAGAUCAUGUUAGAUGUGAGCAACAAUAACCUCAGUGGUGUGUUGCCCCAACAACUUGGGAAGUUGCAGAUGCUAGAAUUUCUGAAUUUAUCACAUAAUCAGUUCAGUGGCAGCAUUCCAUCCUCCUUCACAGGCAUGGUGAGCCUGUCAACACUCGAUGUGUCCUACAACGGCUUGGAAGGACUGGUGCCAACAACACGGCUACUCCAAAAUGCUUCAGCAAGUUGGUUUCUUCCCAAUAAGGGUCUGUGUGGUAACCUCUCUGGCCUGCCACCUUGUUAUUCAACCCAAGUAGCUGCUCACCAAAAAGGGAAGAUACUUUGUUUGCUUUUGCCAAUUGUUCUUGUGAUGGGUUUCAGCAUUGUUGUUACAAUUGCUGUCAUAAAAAUGAUUAGUCGAAACAAGAGUAAACCACAAGAAAAUGUUACCGCUGAAGCAAGGGACCAAUUCUCUGUUUGGAAUUUCAACGGAAGAUUGGCAUUUGACGAUAUUGUAAGGGCAACAGAAGACUUUGACGAUAAGUACAUCAUUGGAACGGGGGGAUACGGCAAAGUCUACAAGGCACAACUCCAAGAUGGGCAGCUGGUUGCUGUGAAGAAGCUUCAUCAGACCGAAGAAGAGUUGGAUGAUGAAAGAAGAUUUCGUAGUGAGAUGGAAAUCUUAUCGCAGAUCCGACAACGAAGCAUCGUCAAAAUGUAUGGAUUUUGCUCCCAUCCAGCGUAUAAAUUUCUUGUCUACGACUACAUUCAGCAGGGCAGCCUCCAUAGGAUACUGGAAAAUGAGGAGCUAGCAAAGGAAUUCGAUUGGCAGAAGAGAAUUGCUCUUCCAAAUGAUGUGGCUCAAGCAAUAUCUUAUUUGCACCACGAAUGCAGUCCACCUAUAAUCCAUCGAGAUAUCACGAGUAACAACAUCUUACUUGAUACAACCUUCAAGGCUUUCCUCUCGGAUUUCGGCACAGCAAGGAUUCUUAAGUCAGAUUCAUCAAACCGGAGUGCACUAGCAGGAACGUAUGGCUACAUAGCUCCUGAACUGUCGUACACAUUUGUUGUGACAGAGAAAUGUGACGUAUAUAGCUUUGGCAUUGUUGUGCUAGAGCUACUGAUGGGGAAGCAUCCGAGGGAUCUAUUAGAUGGUACUUUCUUAAAUGGAGAACAAACUAUACUGGUGCAAGAUAUUCUGGACCAACGGGUGACAACACCAACAACAACAGAAGAGAACAACUUAUGUCUCCUCAUUAAGCUGGCCUUUUCUUGCUUGGGUUCUUUUCCACAAGCAAGGCCAACCAUGAGGGAGGCAUACCAAACGCUCAUCCAGCGAUCCUCUUCUAGUUCAUGUCCCGUGCCUUUCUACGCAUUUACAUUACAGCAAGCAAGGGAUGCAUAUUAA